GGGGCCGCUGUGCCGCCUGCUCUGCGUCGUUUCAGUAGUGCUCAAGAUGGCGGCUGCGACGCUGCUGCGAGGCGCAACUGUGGGCCCUGCCGGCCUGGCCUGGCGCUGGCAGCUUCACGCGGCUCUGAGGAACUAUCUGUCCCACGGCUCCAGAUGUUUAGGGGGCGCCUCCGCGGACGGAGCGACUUGGACCUGCUUCCCGCUACACGAGCGCGCCCUGCUGCGCGUGCGCGGCCCAGACGUGGCGCCUUUCCUGCAGGGUCUACUGACCAAUGAGCUGCCGCUUCCGGGUCCUGCCGCUAGCGCGGUCCCGCCUCCCGCGCGUGCGACCUAUGCGCACUUUCUGAACGUGCAGGGGCGCACGCUCUAUGACGUCAUUGUAUACCGGUUAGUGGAGAUGGGGCUUCCUGAGUGUGUGCCUGAGUCCCCCAGCUUCCUUUUGGAGUGUGACCGCACCUCACUGGACACCCUGCCCCAGCACCUGGCACUGUACCGGAUCCGACGUAAGGUUAAGGUGGAACCGUGGCCUGAGUGCUGCGUGUGGGCUGUGCUGCCUGCUGUUGCCUGGGCUGGCCAGGCAGUGUCUUUGCAGGAGAGGGCUGAGGCCACCAGCAUCCUGACCCGAGACCCCCGGACAGUGUGCAUGGGCUGGCGGCUCCUCACACAAGACACAGGCCCAGACCUAGUACCUGGUUCCAUGUUGGGGGACCCCCGGGAUUACCAUGCACACCGAUACCAGCAAGGUGUCCCUGAGGGGGUCCGUGACCUGCCCCCAGGCAUAGCCCUACCCCUGGAGUCCAACCUGGUCUUCAUGAAUGGUGUGAGCUUCACAAAGGGCUGCUACAUUGGCCAGGAACUAACUGCACGCACCCACCACAUGGGUGUCAUCCGCAAGCGCCUCUUCCCUGUGCAUCUGGCUGGCCACCUCCCGGCUGGGGGCAUUAGGCCUGGCACCCCAGUGCUGACCGAGUCGGGACAGGCUGCCGGCAAGUUCAGGGCUGGACAGGGGGCCCUCGGGCUGGCCCUGCUGCGCAUGGAGAAAAUCAAGGGACCCCUCCACAUUAAGACCCCUGAGAGAGACCCAGUGGCUGUCACUGUGUCUGUGCCAGACUGGUGGCCCACAGCCACCAAGUAGCCUGGAUGACCUCAGCUCCUACUGGCCAUAGGUCCCUCUGCUGUGCACUGCCUGGAGAGGUGCCCACAUGUUGGCCCAUGUUGUGCCUUGCACUCUCUGCCCGGGAGGGCUGUGGUUGUGGAUGUAGCGAAGAGCCCAAGCCUCCUGCAUGCCCACUGACUCCUCUUUGUCUGGCUCAGCAGUCCCUACCUGUCCCCCACUUAGAGGGCGGUAGGCGGAAGGGUUGGCAGGCUAGGGAGACAGUGGAGGUCAUUGUUUUGGUCAUGCAUAGGUGGAAAUACAUCUGGGGUGGGACUUGUGUGGUCAUUGUGAAUGGGGACUCAGAUCCUGCCGAUUGGACAUCUGUGCCCUUCCUGAGUGCCCUGUGCCCUUCUGUCUGCUCUGUCCUGGGCCCCUGCUCACCACUGUGCCUUCCUCAUGGAGCUAGUGGGGAUUCUACUGGGCUCGCAGUGCUGAUGGGGUUGCUGUGCACUCUGCAAGAUACCCAUCCUUCCCAGAGUGACUAUUAAAGUGUGUCCACGAGCAGCUCCUUCAAAGGCCAGGUGUCAUUUCUGGCCUGAUCUGGUAGCCCAGACCCAGGAACCGCUCUUGCUGGGAGCAAGGACAGCAGGUGACCCUGAGCUGUCCUGUGCGGGGCAGGGGCCCUGUGGUCUUAGUGCCCAUGUGGCCUGGGGACACACCAAAUUCCAGCAGCUAGGGUGGGAGAGGAGGUUUAGAGAGGUGUCCCGACCAUCUGGGCUGGGGUAGGAGGUGGAAGACAGCAGCCCCCUCCUUGGAGACCCCAGCCUCCUCACUGGGUCUGCAUGCAGGUGGCUAGGCUGAGCCUGAAGUCCCACAGGAGAGGAGGAGCGCAGGGAAGGGGGAGAGAGGGGAGCUGGGCCCCAGGCAGCGUGGGUAGUGCAGAAGGCAUCAAACCAAGGAGAGACGUUGAAGUAGGAUGGAAAAGAGUCAAGGAAAAUUGUAAUAUUAAAACUACUUUUAAAGAAAAACUGCUACUUCAGGACAUGAAAGUUACUCUUACUUUUCUGCCUCUAAAAGGAGUUCCUAAGCCCCAUGGGCAGGCCUGGGGUGCCAGCAAAUCUCAGCUUCAAGCUUACAUGAACUGUGUGCAUUUUAACACAACCCAUGCAGGUCAGAAGCAGAGUGGACCAGAACACCUGGGGGCCACCCUGAGCCUUCAAACAGACCCCCAGCCCUCUGUGCGAGCACUUCACAGAUCCUGCUUGAUAAACUGUUGAUGUCUGUCUGAAGGUUCCUUUCUAGGACAAUCCACACACUGUAGGCAAAUGAGCCUAGGUUCCAGCCUGCACUUUGGCAGCCCCUUGAGCCCUGUCCUGGGACAGUGGAUGAUGACAAAGGAGGUGAGCCCUGUGCCUGGCUCAGUGGAACCAAGCACUUUGCCUCUGGGAAUUCAGUGUCUUGCCUGCUGGCCAGGGGCCACAGGACCAACCAGCAAUGCUUGCUUUGCCUGGCCUGUGAGUGGGAGGGGACAGGUGUGUGGGGAGCAUGUACCCCCCUCACUGUCCCUGGUCACCGGCCUUCAUGUUGUCACCCUGCCCAGAGCCUUGCUGGGACACCUAGGGGCCAGGCCAGGCGGGCAGCUCCUCUGUGUGAUGCGUCCUGCCAGCUGGGGGUGGACCUGUGUGCACACGCAUGCCUGUGCCUUCUGUGAUGUAGGGAACCUUUAGUUAUGAAAGCAGAUGGCAUCAAAUCAUAAGCUAUGUGUCUAUAAAACCAGAGGGGCCUGAGUACCACAUGGUGGGCACACAGUCGGCAGUGCAUUGCCUGUUGCUGACUGUGGAUGUCCAAGUGACCCCAAACUACCAGAGUGCUUUCUGUGACGAAUGUGCCCAGGACCUCACCCUGACCUGACCUUGGGUGACCUCAGAUGACCUGUGGCUGACCAGUCAUCCUGCAAUGAAGUGAGCAUGCUCCCUAGUGCAAGUGUGGCUGCUGGGGUGGUCCAUGGUGUGGAUGGAAUCAAAGGUCCUGUGCAUGCCGAGAAGCACUCGAGCGCUGACCCGCACCCCAGCCCUCCUUUUUAUCUGGUUGGCAGAGUGAAUGUUGGGCUGGCGUGUACUUGAGGGAGGGGUCUGCUUGGGCCAAUACUUUCAGGGUUCCUGUCUUUAAUUUUUGUAGUGUUGUAGUCAGGAUUUACAAGGGAAAAAUUUCAUACAGGACACAAUUUAUAGGAUUCCUUUAUAAUUAACCAAAAAGUCAAAUGCAAAAGAGUAUGGGAGAUCUGUCCACACACUAGAGACCCAAAGAAUUCAGCUGAAGGUCUGGACCCCACAGCAAUGUCCCUACAAGAUCCUGGCUUUCAUGGCAGUGUCCUCCAGGAGUCCAGAUGGAAGCCUACAGCCCACAAUGUCUAAUUUGAAUCUGUAUCAAGGAUCUGCUCUGGGGAGGCCCAAAGUUCAGAGGUGGAAGCUGGAAAGUCUGCGCCAGGAGGAUGAAGGAUCUGUCCUGGAGGAGGAAGUGAUGCUCAAAAUAAGUAUCAGAGUUCCCCCUAAGAGACCCAUAGCCAUCCUCAACCAACCGAGCUCCUCUUGACAAUGAAAACAGCUGAGUUCCUAUCAGGAAGCCAGCAUGAAAGCUCCUCCAGGAGACUCAACAGCACACCAUCUUCCCCUCCAGUUCUCUCUUUAUGCUGUUGGCAGUGAUCCUGAGGUGAGCCCACUAUACCCAGCACCAUGCAGACUCAGUUCAGCCAGGUUCCGAGUUGACCAUUAGUGAUCUGUCUCAUGGGGAUGACAUUAACUUGGGCUGGGCACCAGUUGUGCUGAGAGGAACAAGUGGUUCUCCUCUGUGUUCUCUUGAUGGCAAAGAUGUGCCAGCUGAGCAGGGGUGGCAGGGACUCUAUGGGUGACAGGCAUUAAGAUUGAGGCAUGUGGGCAGAGGCUGGCCAGGAGUUGUGUGUUCUGUGUCCCACUGCAUGGCAAACCAAGAAUACUAGUGUACUGUGCAUCUCAGAGCAGCUACGAGAGACAAAUGUGUUAUCACAUGUUUUCUAUGUAUUUGCUUCCUUCUGUCUAAAGAUCUCGUGUAUGCAUGCAUGUAUUGGUGCAUAUUAGUGUCACAUGGGGAUAUGUUUGCUCUGAAUGUCCUCCACAUGGAAGUCGUACGUGUUGAGGGAUGGACAUGCAGCGUUCCAGUUGGACUUGAUCAGCCCACAUGGUAUCAAAACAUUGUGACCCAUAAAUACCUGCAAUUAUUGGGUGUCCUUUAAAAUAAAAGACUUCAUUAUAAAUUUUAAUUAAAAAUAAAUACAAUAGUAAAUCCUA